AACAAAAUCCAAUCUAUCGUAAACAAUCAGUAAACAACGAGGGAAGACUACUAAUAUGUGGCGAAAAAAUCAUGUUGCUGUGCAAUACAGAUAGUGACAACUGGGUAACACUUUCAUUUGUGACAUUACUUAAAGAAAACAAUACAUUACUCUGUAAUUGCAAUUGGAAGUGUGAAAAUAAUGCGAUGGUUUCUUGAUAUUCUGGCCUGUGCAUAAGGUUAAAAACGAUAUAUCAUGUCAAAUAAUGCGAAGAAGGAAGUUAUUGUGAAGCAAGACGUUGACUCUUCUCCUGAGCCACCUGCAGAGCUUUCAAGUGAUGAUAGUAAAAAUAAAAACGGCCCUGGUGACUCUAAAACACCUUCCCUUCCAGGAGGUAAAGUUUCAUCAAGGUUAAAUGAUUUAAGACUGAGAUGGCCAGGAUCUUGGCAAGAUGGUUCAAGAAAAAGUGCAUUUCAACCGUACAAGCCAACUACUGUGUUGACAAAUCUACAAAGGGGAAAUAUUCCCACUGAAACACCCAUUCCUGAGCAGACUGAUGUUGGGUUUCAUCAUCGUGCUGGCCAGGGUGAAAUAACUGAACUUGAUAUUCAGCAAGAGAGUGAUGUGGAUGUUCUUGACAGUAGUGGACUUAGUGCCCUGAUGUGGGCUAGUGCUUAUGGACAGGUUCCUACAGUGCAACUCUUACUGAGGCACAAAGCAUCUGUUGAUAGACAGGGUAAAGAAGGUGAGACAGCCUUACUAUAUGCAGCUGCUGGAGGACACAGCGAUGUUGUGAGAAUAUUGCUCACAGAAGGAGCCAAUGUUAAUCAUGCUGACGAUGUUGGUAAUACUGCGCUUAUGUAUGCAGCAUAUGGAGACCAUCCUCAUUGUACAAAUGAUGAGGCACAUCCAAUACCUAGAGGCCCUAAUGAACCAAUGGUUCUCUCAAGCCUCAAGGUCCUCCUGGACUUCGUGCCCAACCACUCGAGCAACGAGAGCGAGUGGUUCACCAAGUCCAUCCAGCGCAUCGACCCUUACACCGACUACUACGUGUGGGAGGACGGCGUGCCCAACGCCGACGACCCGUCCAAGCGGGAUCCGCCCAACAACUGGAUCAGCAACUUCGGCGGUUCCGCGUGGGCCUGGAACGAGGAGCGCGGCCAGUUCUUCCUGCACCAGUUCGGCCUGGGCCAGCCCGACCUCAACUACCGCAGCCCCGCCCUCAACGUGCUGCGCUUCUGGCUGGACCGCGGCAUCGACGGCUUCCGCGUGGACGCCGUGCCCUUCCUGUUCGAGAACGAGACGCUGGCGGACGAGCCCCGCAGCUACGACCCGUCCGCGCUGCCCACCGACGAGAAGUACCUCAAGCACAUCUACACGCAGAACCUGCCCGAGACCAUGGACAUGCUCACGCAGUGGCGCGCCGUGCUCGACGAGUACACGGCCAAGGACGGCGAGACCAGGGGUGGAUGUGGCGUGAGCUGUGUAGUGCGCGCCGCUGCUCACCACCUUCGAGUCGGCAACCACGACAACCACCGCGCGGCGUCGCGCUACGGCCGCGAGCUGGUGGACGGGCUGAACAUGAUGGUGCUGCUGCUGCCGGGCGUCGCCGUCACCUACAACGGCGAGGAGAUCGGCAUGGAGGACGCGUUCAUCCCGUGGUCGCAGAGCGUCGACCCCAUGGGCAUCAACGCCGGCCCCGACCGCUACCAGCUCUUCUCGCGCGACCCCGAGCGCACGCCCUUCCAGUGGGACGACUCCAAGAACGCCGGUUUCUCCGACGCGGACACCACGUGGCUGCCCGUCAACUCAGACUACAAGGCGCUCAACCUCAAGUCGGAGGAGGGCGUGGCGCACAGCCACUACACCACCUACCAGCACCUGACGACGGCGCGCAAGCUGCCGGCCGUGCAGCGGGGAGCCCUCGACAUGCAGGCCCUCGGCGACGUGGUCGCCUUCAGCAGGACCCUGGAGGGCGAGCAGACCGUGGUGGUGCUGGUGAACUGGGGCGCCGACUCCCUCACCGUCGACGCCUCCGUGCUGGCCGGGGCGCAGGGCGAGCUCACCGUGCUCAUCCCCAGCGACAACGCUUCUUACGCCGAAGGGGAUGUGGUUGAGGCUAGCAGCAUCAAGAUGGGUCCCAAGGAUGGUUUAGUGCUGACUUCUGCUUAAUUAUUUGUCUACAUUUGAAACAUGCUGUGUACCAUAUCCCCUACAUUACAAAACAAUAUCUGUUAUCUGCAUUACUUAUGUGUUUUCUUUGAGAAUAUCA